ACUCAACUAAUAUGUGAUAACCAAGUUUUUGGAUAGUUAUGGGCGAAACCGACGGAUGCAGAGUUAUUGGAAACAUACUAUGGCUGGGUCUGGCAAUUGUCAUGAUAAUAUUGGGUGGCGUCACCUACGCCCAGAACAAUAAUAGCACCGCUAUUAUCGCUAUUAUAUGCGGCACCUGUAUGCUCAAGAGCUAUUUGAUCAACAUAUUCUGCCCUAAUAGAUGCCUGUUUGGCGUAGGUGUCAUGGUGAUUAUAUCGCUACAGAUUGCGUUAAUGAGCAUGUGCUUUCAAUCCACCGUGGACCUCGAUGUGGCCCUGGGUGUAGUUGGUCUACUAGGGCUGGUCAUAGAGUUGGGUAUGUUUGUGACCAUUUCGCCUGGAAAUACGUUAGGCUAUAGCGGGCUGACCGACUCGAACGGCUAUAACAGUUACCGGACUUUCAAUUAUUAG